GAGUUUAUUUCCGGGUUUGUAGCGGGUCUGUAAGCAUUGACACAUAUACGUAUAUAUGUUUAUGUCUGUAGCGGGUCUGUAGCGGGUCCAGGAGACCCGGUGCUGCGAUGGGCUGGUAGGGACCCGGACCGGACCACACCGCCUCCCCCUGGUCCAUCAUGUCCGGGCAGAAGCGCUGCAACACCCUGAUCAUUACUGACGAUGAGGUGGAGGAGGUGAGGCAGCAGGAGGAGCAGGAGGAGGAGGAGGAGGAGGGACUGAACCCGUACUCCUUCAAAGAGUUUCUGCGCUGGAAAGACCAGGACCAGGACCAGGACCAGGACCAGGACCAGGAUCCAGACCAGCAGCAGACAGUGAGGAAGAGGCGUUUUGGGAACUUUGAGGCUGAAGUGAGCAGCUGUUUCCUCUCUGACGCCCACCUGGCAGCUCAGGAGGAGGAGGAAGACGGCGGGGGGCGGAGCCUCCAGUCAGGGUUCGGCAACACCUCCUCCCUGUGCUCUGAGGAGGAGGAGCAGGACGAGGAGGAGACCAGGUUCUCCUCCACGGCUGCAGGAGCAGGAGGAGCAGAGAACUACGAAGGGGACGAUGAGACGUCCCUGGCUGAAAUAGCCGGCUCCUGUGGGAGGAGGGGUGGGAGGAGCAGCCAGGUGCAGCAGCUGAAGCAGCAGAACAUAUCACUGAGGAGAACCGUCGGGGAGCUGCAGAGGAGAGCGGAGGACGCCCAGUGCAGGGUGCUGCAGCUGUCGGAGGAGCUGCUGCAGAAGAAACGUCAGGAGGAGAAGGAGGCCCAGGACCUGGAGAACAUGGUUCACUCUGUGGAGCAGAACCUGCACCUGAUGACGAGGCGAGCAGUGAAGGCGGAGAGCAGUGUUUCCAGACUGAAGGCAGAGUUACAGCAGCUGCAGGUGGAGGUGGAGUCUCUCCGUUCAGAAAACACCAGUCUGAAGACGACAGAGUCUGAGGUUGUCAUGACGAUGAGACGGAACGCUCAGGUGGCGUCGGAGUACCUGAACAGGUCUGCUAGUCAGGCCCACUCCUCCGUCAGGCAGCUGCUGGGGGAAGCAGAGACUCUCCGUCUGGUCUCUCAGCUCCUUCAGUCCAUUGAUAAGAUCUCCAGCAUCGACUCAGACCCCUGAACUCCUGGAUCUCCUCGGACCUCCACCUCUGACGGAUGGGAGGCUGUGGUUGUCAUGGAAACGGGCCGUCAGGUCCCAGGUCCUGUGAAGUCAGUUGCGUCUGUGGAGUUUUAUUUUGAAGGAGCAGAGGCUGGACAACCGGGCGAGACGUCCUCUGUGUCAGUGGACACUUUUCCACAGAAGCACUGGUGAAGCUGGACAUCAUCACCUUCAUCGUGUCUUAUUCGUAUUUGUGAUUGUGACGCAUCGAUUGGAAUGUUUCAAUUCGGUUAUCAGUCAUGGAGAUGAUUUGGGUUUAUUUUGUAUUAAAAGUUCUGUUGGAAUGAAGAUGAACGUUUGAAUGUGUUUUCUUCUCAUGGUUGUGGAGCUUUGCUGCUGAUUUUGUUAGACAGCUGCUUUUUAUUCUCAUUUCUGUUCUCUAAAGUCUUGGGUUUAAAAACAAUCUGAUUAUCAGAGACUCCUGAUCAGCAGUAGGAACAUCU